UCCAGUCUUCGAUCAUUGGAGGACGUGAAGCAUUGCCUCACUCCAGGCCCUACAUGGUGUCUAUCCACAAAGGAAACAUUCCCGCCUGCGGGGGAGUCCUAGUCCACGCGCGCUGGGUGCUGACGGCUGCGCACUGCUAUUCCGACCUGUGAGUACAGAACCCACCCCUGGCUGAUGGGUUCCCACAGAUUAGGGCCAGAGGAGCAGGGGUUGCUCUGCUGUUGCAGGGGCAAAUAGUGAAACCUGGAUUUAAGAAAUGCCAAAGGAAAAGCCUUGAUGCCAGCCCAGGGAGGAAAAGGGCCAUUAUUUACUGAACACCUGUAGGAAUCUCACCAACCAGUAGAGCAGCAAACUAGGAACCCUGAAGGUCAUUCAGCUAGGCAGGCGUGCCGGGUCAGGGUUGGUCGUGAGGUGUAAAUGGGGGGAUUGAAUGCAAUUGGGUUCUUUCUCCAGCUCCUCCGUGGCUUUGGGUGAGCCACAUUUUUCAAAGGGGACCUCUGAUUUGGGGUCUGUUGGCCUGAUUUUCAGAGGCAGCUGAGAGCCUCCAGCUCCCCUGAUGCCCCCUGGAGUUGUGAGCGCUCAGCCUCUCUCAGAAGAAUCUGGCCCAAAGGUGCGUCGCGGGCUGGGCACCCCAAAACCAAAGCACCCCAAAUCAGAGGCUUUUUUUUUAAGUGGCCUGAAUGGCCCUGACCCUCAAAAGUUUUUGGGCACCUAACUUCCAAUGGAAAUUAGACACCUAAAUACUUUUGACGACUCUGGGCCAACGUGCCUCCCUCUGCAUUCCCAGAUGAUGCUUGCUCGGCUCAUGGGAGGCGUCCCCAUCUGCCCUCAGCACUCCAGGGGCAUGCCAGGAGGAUCAGUGGUGGGGCCAGCGUCACUGGGGUCAUGAGUCAAGAGCUGGGGGAACAUGCUCCACCAGAAAGCCGACUUGCUUCUCUGACUGCAGGCUUAGAUUUGUGCCUCCCCGAUGGGGUGUUGCCAUUGGGAUAGCCGGGUGUCCGCAGGGAGGGUGCUAACGCUACAGAGGCUUUCUUUUUGUGUCUCAGGAGUAAGGGUCUCAUCAGGGUGCUGGUGGGUCUCCAUUGGCAGCCCAGGAGAAAUGCCGGAGUGCAGGUCUUCACUGUCGCGGAGUUUGUCCCGCAUCCUUCCUUCAACCGCAUGACUUUAGAAAAUGACAUUAUGCUGCUCAAGCUGGACAGGAAGGUGGUUUGGAACAAGGAGACGAGGCUUCUCCCCCUGUCCAAGAAGGAUGUGGCCCCGGGGACGCUGUGCAGCGUGGCUGGCUGGGGGAAGAUCGGAGAGGGAAGCAAGUAUUCCCCCGUCCUGCGCGAACUCAACGUCAAGGUGAUGGACAUCAGGAUGUGCAACAACAGCCGGUACUGGCGUGGCGAGGUCACCAGCACCAUGAUGUGCUUCGAAGGGCUCGAGAAGGGCUCUGCCCCCUGCAAGGGUGAUUCCGGGGGCCCUGUGGUAUGUGGCAAGAAAGCGGAGGUCGCCGGCGUGAUCUCCUUCACGGGCAAAAGCUGUGUCAACGUGUUCAAACCGCCCGUUGCGACGGCUGUCUUUAAAUACAAGACGUGGAUCAAAAAAUACCUACGCUAGAGCUGAGCCCUGUAACUGCAGCAUCAUCUGUAAGCUUGCCUGUCUGUCUCCUCUGCCCUGUAUUGACCCCUUGUGGCUUCCCUAUGCUGCCAGGUUAGAGAUCAGCUCACUCACCCAGCCGCAUGUGCCUCAUCCAUCCGUCUGGGCACUGCUGGUGCAACUCCACCCCCCCCCGUGCCUACCUGUUCUCUUACAGAGACUUCAGCUCUGUCCUCCUCUCUCUCGAGCCUGGCAUGCAAACUGUCCGCCUGCGUCACGCUUCCGGCUGCUGAUUUGAAGUAAAAGUGAAACCUCAUCUGGUCCUAGGUGGUGUGUGUGUGUGUGUGUGUCUGUGUCUUGGGGGUAUCACACUGUGGCUGCCUGGCUCCAGCUGACACCACAGCAGUGUCUUGUAACUAAGCUAAAGUCUUGGCCAGACCAACGCGGUGUUGGAAAUUGGAACUGGGGUAAGGGACAGCUGGGUGGUGAGUAGCUUCCCUGCCCUGAGAGGCACUUGCUGCCUCCUGUAGCGAUGACAGAGAGGCAGGAGCCUCUAAACAUUUCCCCACAUCACCUCCCUGGGUGGGGCGCGGUGCAUCUACGCUACCUGGGGAAGCCCAGCUACCCCUCGAGAUAUGCUACACAACCACUGUGUACUGUACGUGGGACACGAGCUAGGUUCAAAGCUGAGGUUUUCCCAGCUCUGUGUAUGGUCUCUCUGGCCAGAGUAUCUGAGAGCCUGACCGCAGCCAGGGUGUGAAGGGUUGGCAUUAUCCCUGUUUUAUGACUGGGGAAACUGAGGCACAG